AACGCGGGCCGCGCUAUACGCAUGCGCGAAGCAGUAUCAGUGUACUACUACGAAAAUAACCGAAUAUUUUAUACGAAGUUUAUUUUUGCCAUUUGGAUGUUGGAUUUAUUGUUACGAUGGAGCUUCAGAUGAUGAUUUUAUGCGUUAUCCCGGUCAUUGUAACAUCGGUAACUAUAUUACCGAAUGGCAACAGUCCUGAAAAGAAAAUGAUUGCUGAUUUGAUGGCACAACACAGUGAGAUUAAAACAAUGACAUCAAGGCCAGACACUAUUGUUUUGAAUAAGUAUUUGCCUAACAGGCCACAUAAAAUCAAUAGUACAAAGAUAGGAAUAAACGAAAGGUAUCGACGGUUGAUACCAUAUAUGACAUUUUACUAUGCAAACGACGUAGCUACACCACCUACAGAAGCGCAGCACGAUGAAGUGAAAUCGAUAGAAGUGGAAAAGGCCCAAAUAAUUGAAGCUGGAAGUAUUGAGGAAGAAAGGGAACCGAGAAUAAUUCAUUACAUUCCACGCCAGAAAAAUAUCCCGAGAUAUCAGGGAAACCGUUUGACGCAACAUAACAUCGCAUCCGCUAAUCCCACUAAACUUUACUAUAAAGAGGUUCAGCCUACAUAUUAUCAAAACUCUCAAAAAUUCUCUCCGAACUAUAAUCCAAUUUUACACUUUCAAAAAGUGGCAGAUCGAGAGCGCGAAUAUGAGAGAUUUGUACAGAAACCUGUAAAAUCCAGUGCAUCAUAUUCUACGCAUCCUCGAAAACCUAUCUUUAAUACGUAUCAAAAUGAAGAUGAAAAUAUACAAUACUAUCAAGCAGAAAAAGAUGAAGGUCCAAAAUAUAAAUUAGUCCCAUAUGAACAAACACCACCUAUAAGAGUACUUUCGAAUUCAGAGGAAAUAAAUGUUUAUAACAAGCAUUACAACGUGCCAGCUCAAAUUUCCAAGGAACACGUUUAUAUUAAACCGAAGCCAAUUCACCCACAAUAUACUUACUAUAGCAGUCCACAGUAUAAGCCAAGAAAACCACCAACAACAAUAUCCGAGAUGUAUUACGAAAAACAGCCCAUAAUUGAAAGUGGAUUUCAGCCAAUCUUUUCUCCACGUCAACCGUCGACUGAGAGUCCGCAAUAUUUAGAAGCAUUAAGCAAGCCAGAAAAAGAAAAAAUACAAAAUAUACAAGUUGUAACAGAAUCAAUUAGACCGGAACUGGAACAUACUAGCAAAAAGCCAUAUUAUCAAUUGGUACUAGAAGAACCAAGUUACAUAUCUAAGCCAACACAUAAUGAAAAUACAAAGACUAUGAGCCUAGCAGAUCUUCUUAAUUCACUGCAAAUUAAUAAAUCAAUACCUAGGCCAAUUACAAAAGAAAAUGUUAGUGCAUCUAUUACUACGUUGCUUCAAGUCUUAAAUGCUCUAAAAGCCCAGGAGAGUGUUUUGGAAGCACCAGUUUUAAGUACUCCAAAAGCAUUUGUCCCAACAGAAGUAUCAAUAAAUACUACACCAAACCCCAUAGCGCCGCCAGCUACAAUUCGGCCUGAAACGCAGAAUACAGAUUUUAACGAAGAGCCUUAUUUAGCAGACGUAAAUCCUCCUUCGCAACAUUUGGAUGAAUAUUCAUCAGGUGGAAGCAGCCAGCAGUAUCCCUUACCAAUUAAUUCCGAUGAAGAGGGCGGAACUCCGGGGCGUCCUGGUAUUGACUACCCCAUCUUAACAGUGAUCCCUCAAACUAAAUUCGAUUGCAAGACUCAGCGGUACAAAGGGUUCUUCGCAGACCCCGAAACCAGAUGUCAGGUGUGGCAUUACUGUGAUCUGAACGGCGGCCAGGCAUCUUUCCUGUGCCCCAACGGAACUAUAUUCUCUCAGGCGGGGCUCACCUGUGAUUGGUGGUUCAAUGUACGAUGUGCUUCGACGGCACAACUCUAUGUACUUAAUGAGAGUCUAUAUAAAUUUAUAUUGCCACAUUCUCCCAAGUUUCCAGAGGAUUACAGUGGCCCACUAGUUGACAAAUAUUUAACUCUAAAAUUCAAAGAGAUGGAAGAACAAUUUAAGAAAAAUAAAAAGAAGACCGCAUCGGAGACGACUGAAUCUUCUGAUUCCACCGAGGUUGCAGAAAACAAGAGUGAAGAAAGUUAUAACAAUGCGGAUGACGUAAGAAAUGGAGGUGUCAUAAUUGCAUCGGCGGGUUCUACCGGGAACGUGGAGAGAUUACAUGACAAGUAGAAUAUGAAUGUAAGGCACUCUCGUAAUCCAGACGGCGAAUUAACCGUAAAACGUAAUUCACGGUCAAAUGUAAUGUUGUCUCUGUUAUGCAGUUAUGAAGUCAGCAAUGUCAGAGUCAAAUGAAAUCUAAAUAAGAAUGUACGUCCUACACUGACCUCUACUAUUUACCACUGGACUGGCGGCUGUCAAAGUGCUUUUGUGCCUGUUUGAUGUUCGUCAUUUUGGCGCUGUUGGCAUUGUAGCGUGAGUCUGCGUGAUGUACUAAAACUAGUGGUGACAACCUCAGCUAAACAAACAUACAACGAUAGGAAAAAUAUUUACAAAAAAAUGUGUACUUUAUUACGUUGAUUCCUGAAGUAUAAAUAACACGGAAAACGACCGAAAUUAAUUCAAAAUGCAAAAAUACUUUCAGAGUAUCGUACGCUUCUCUCGCAGCCAUGUAUAUUAUACGUCAAAAUUAGUUCUCUGAACACUCGCGAGUGGCGUUUCAAAAAGGCACAAAAAUAUUGCUGUGAAACACAUGGAACUGCCUGUCCAGUGGUAUUUAUACAGGUCAUUGACGUCCUAGAGGUGACGUAGCUGCGUUGGACAUGUCGCUUCACAAGUGACUUAGGACUAGCGUGUGUAGUGAUGUAGUAUUUAUUAAUCGGAAUUGUGAACAUGAAACAACGCGUUAACAUGGUGUAUUUUGGGCAACAUAUUUAAAGGCGAAGUACUUCCACAGCCUACAACUGUAGGUAUAAAUCAAAAUAUUACAGUUCAUCGGCAAGUCUUUUUUUAAAUGAGCUACUGUUUUUUAAAUAUGGCGAUAAUUUUUCAUUGACAUUCAUGAUUUAUUCGUAUUGUCCACCAUUGCUAUACAAACCUCUCAAGUCUCAAUAUUCGGAGCGUUGCAAUCACAAUGUUUCAUACAUUUCAUUGCUACACGUACAUAUAGAGGGCAGUCGACCCGCAAAGAAUUAGCAGUUAAAGCAUUUUCUAUAACAUUCUUAUUUAUAUUUUUUCGAUUUUAACAAUGCAUUUGAUUUUGGAUAACAAAUUGUGACGCCUUCCGGAAAAAGGAUCUAAUCAUCUCUUCGUUUAUUUCACGUUUAAAAUUGAAUUUCGUCAAAACGCAAUUAAUUAGGGACGCAUGCGGUAUGGGUAUAAGCUUUUGAUUUUAUUAAACCUAUGCUUUAAUUGGGUUAUUGCGUCGUAUAUGUAAAAGGACCCUGAUAGUGCUUUGAUUAAAUAUAGGCUAACUACAAAAAAUGUGAACCGUCACGGGUCGCCUGGCAGAUGUGAAACAUCGACAUUAUUUUGUAAAACUAAGAUGCAGAAAAGAACAUAUUGUGAUAGGAACUAAAUAUGUCAUAAUGAUAAAAUAAAAUAUUACGAUUUUUUUCCAGAUAACGAUGACUAUUUAUUGAAUAAACAUUUAUUUUCAUUAAAUACAAAAAUUUACGAAUUUAUUUCAAAUCGUGACUACUUAAUUUGUUUAAUCAGUGACUUCGGUAAUAGUUAUAUUCGAUGUUGCCUCUGAGGACGGUAUUACUGUGAAAAGGCGACGCGUCGCCACGCCAGAAAUCGGUUUUACGUGCGGCUAUAGAUGUUUCACAUCAACAAUUAAAAUUUUAGAUUCAGCUCAACAGCUAUGCGCGAAUACAUCGCGUUGUAUUCUUGACAAAAAAAAAUAAGUUAUUAUUAUCCAUAUAAACCAUUACUAUACUUACCCAUCUAAGUUUUAUAUUAUUUCCAGCGAUUCUUCCUUUUGUCAAUAACUGUAUGAGUAUGCUGAGUUUUGACGAAGGUUUUUUUUUUAUGGUAUAAACGAACAUUCGGGUCAUCUGACACCCGGUGGUAAGUGAACUCCGGAGCAUUGUCGUCCUUUUGGGCAACCACGUAGUUUUGAUGUGGAUAUUCCGCUCCGGGAAGUUCGUACGUAGUACUUGGGGAGUUAAGAAUAAUAGAAUUUCCUUCAUUUUAUUCUGUUUACUAAGCAACUGUGUGUUAGAUAUGGUUUUAUGUCCGAGUUUAAUAAAAUCCAUUUCACGACCUGCAUGCCGUAUUUUCUAGAAACAUCUAUCCUGUAACAGCUUAGUAUAUAGUAAACUGUGAUAGUUUUGAGUACCCAUUAUUUAUGUGAAUGUAAACGAGAAAAACGUGUCAGGAAUUGAGCUUGCCAUAUGACGCCAUGUUUAAUUCUUGAACUAAGUCAGAAAUGCCAUUGACGUACAAUAAACACUUACGGCCGUUCCCAAUAUUCAGUCUAUCUCUUACUUGAGAUAAAAUAUUUUUGUGUCCCAAUAAACUUAUCGACGGUAACUCACCUUAUCCGCACACGCUGUGUGUCAACGGGACGACGUAUACCUUACCAGCGAUAGAAGUUUGUAUGGAAAUUGCGAUUCACGCGUCCCAAUAUAAGGCGAUAAGAAUGACUUACUUAAUUACUGACAGUAGAAAGUAGUAAAAUUAAAUAAUAAAAUAAAUAUUCAUUCUAAUUAACACCUUAUUUCGUCGCAGUAUUGUUAAAAGUCUAUUGUAUUAAACUCUGCCUAAUAGACGCAUAGGCAGAGUUUUGCUUUUUGAGCGUGAGUAUGUUUAUUUUGCGUCAAUGAGAGAAGUGUAUAUGUAGUUAUUGUUUUAAGUCUAUUGUCGUUGGUUUUAAAUAUAGCAAUUGUGUUAUAAUGGCUUACUUAGUUUGUUUAAUUAUUAAUAGUUACAUUUAACGUGACAAAUUAAAUUCUUUAUUUUUUACUGUGAACCAGAAUUAUUGUAACACGUAUGUAGGUAACUAUAUAUAUAUAUAUAUGCAAAUAACUGUAUUGAGUUAAUAUAAGGAAGUGUGAGAGAGUGGUGCAUUCUAGAAUGAGAUCGAUCCUAUUUAUUGAUAUUUCAAGUUAAAAAUAGGGUUGCCAAUUUUAACUAAAAUAAAUAGAGUAUAUAUAUAAAUCUUGUGUCACAAUGUUUGUCCUCAAUGGACUCCUAAACUAAUGAACGGAUUUUAAUGGGGAUUACUUCAUGGAGUGCAGUUUGGUCCAACUUGAGAGAUAGGAUAGUUUUUAUUUCGAUUUGGGACCCAAAAUUAUUUUUAUUUUCAAUAUUUGUUUUGUAUGGACAUAUUUUCUAUGAGAGAAUUUAGUGACGCACGGUUUGACAGUUCCGCUGUGAAACAAUUUCAUUAUAACAGGAGCAUUUUUUACGAAAUAAAUCUUGAUAUUUUGAAAUAUUAUUGGCAAAUUCCUAUAAAACUGUAUGUUUUAUUUUUAUAAUCUACAGAACAACGUCUGUCGGGGCAGAUAGUAGAGUAUAUUAUCUAAUUUCAAAGGAGGUAAACAAAAAGUGCGCAAUUCCGAAAAGAGUGUCAUUUAAUUUAUAGUUUUAAAAUAGUAUUUUUUGUACAUGACAUUAGCUGUGGCUGCGUUCAGUAACGUCCGAAUAUGGCUUGGGGGAUUUUGGAAUACCAACGUAUUAACAGUAAAUAGUGGACUUUUUUGGUUAUGAUAAUGGGUUUGCGUAACCAUUGGCCUAGUGCCAAUGUAGAAACAUUUGUAAAAAAGAGUAUUUUAGAACUCUAUUAGUGUUAUAGAUUAUGAUAUAUACAAUACUCUAUUUUAAAUUACGGUUGGCAACCCUAGUUAAAAGUGCAAUGUAGGUAUUAGCUAUACAAAUAGAUAAUAAGUAUUUUUAUGGUGCAAUAAAACCCGUCUAAAA